GUAUUAAUAAACACGAAAAAUUUACCUUCGUAAAAUUAGCUCUAACAAACAACUGUAGAGCAGCAAACAACGAUAGACCGGCUUCUCUAGCUGGUCGAUUUGCUGACAUCUCUUAACAUAAAAUUUGUCGUUUUUUGCCAAGCUUUAUUUUUCAAGCAUUGGCAAAAAAUAUCAACGAUGUUAUGAAUUCGUUAAAAAUAAAUCAGUCGUCAGCAUUAUUGUCCUAUUAUUUUCAACAAACGUGCUUUGUCUUAACCAAGAAAUAUCUCGUUCAUGUCUAUGUUAAAAAGAGUUUGAUAGCAAACAAUUGAACUUUUAAUCGAUCCAUCUUAACUGAUUCCGUCUCGUCAGCUUUCACCAUGAACUCUGCAGUGAAAGCGCCGCUGUCGGUGACGCUGGUGCUCUACGUGUUGGGCAUCGCAGCGCUGCUGCCUUGGAACUUCUUCAUCACUGCAGACUCGUUUUGGCAGUACAAAUUACGCAACGUGACGCUAGGCGAUGCUUGGGAUUCCGACAACUCCACCCUAACGCCGCUGCAACUCGCGUUCAUGCCUUCUCUUGUGGUCAUAUCUAACGUCUUCUGCUCGGCUUUCCUCCUCCUCACUUCGUACUUCGUUACCAGGAUUCGAGAGGUACCACGCAUGCUGGUCACCCAGGGCGCCAUGCUGCUAUGCAUGGGAGCCAUCACCAUCUUCGCGUUCGUCAACACCGACACAUGGCAAACUGCGUUCUUCGUGCUGGUGCUCAUCAUCGUGGCCGUGCUGAACGGUUUCGAGGCAGUGUUCCAAGGGUCGCUGUACGGCAUCACAGGACAGCUGCCCAGCCACUGCACCAACGCCCUCGUGUCCGGCAUGGCUUGGGCCGGCGUCUUCUCCAGCGUUGCGCAGAUCAUAUCUCUUGCCAUCGGUGAUGCAGACCCCGUAAGGACAGGCAUCAUAUAUUUCUGCAUCGCUGAUGCGUUCAUCCUUUUAGCCAUCGCCCUCUACUAUUACAUGACCAGAAUACCUUUCUACAAGGACGCUUUGUCCACCAAAGAAGACUUCGUAACUACAGACAAGCAGCCCACAUCUCUGGCAGACUACUGGAGGGUCUUCAAAAAAGUGUGGAGGCUGAGCUUCACUAUGGGCAUGUCUCUCCUGGUGACGCUGGCCAUCUUCCCUGCGGUCCAAGUUUACGUGACUUCCAACACGCCGGACGGGCCCUGGAAAGAUGUUUACUUCCAGCCAACCAUCACUUUCUUGCUCUUCAACAUCGGUGAUCUCGUGGGCCGAGAACUGCCUAGGUUUCUCAGAUGGCCUAGAGCCAGAAGCUGGCUGCUGCCCACCCUGAGCUGCUGUCGAAUAAUAAUAGCGAUUCUCAUCAUGUUCUGCUACGGCGUGGACAAAACAUUCCCCACACUCUUCUACAGCGACGGUGUCUACAUUUUCCUUAACUUACUGUUCGGCGUCACAAACGGCUACUUCGGGUGUCUCCCUCUUGUUUACUAUCCUGAUUUCGUGGAGCCAUUCGAGAAGGAGUUGGCGGGCACAAUCAUGGGUGCUGUGAUGGGUGCCGGGAUGGUGAUCGGGUCACUUAUAAGUCCAGGUUUUGUGGCCAUUUGGGGUCCUCAAGAUAAAUGAAGCAGCGAUGUUUGUUUUUCUCUAGGUUUAUUCUAGAGGACCGCGACAUCGCAAUAAAGCAGCAAUGUUUAUGUUUCUCUAGGUUUAUUCUAGAGGACCGCGGCAUCGCAAUAAAGCAGCAAUGUUUAUCCUUCUCUAGGUUUAUUCUAGAGGACCGCGACAUCGCAAGCACCCAAGCUAUCGCCCAAAAUAUAAAAAAUCCUCUAGUGUUCUACUGCCCAUCGAUGUUUUACUUUUUUUAGUACGAGAAAACGUGCCAAUGAGGUAAGAGGGAAAAAUGUGCAUUUUAGAUAUUAUAUUUUUAGUGUUUUUGUUUGUUAAUGUGGCUAUGAAUUUUAUUUGCGACAAAGCUCUUUAAAACCGUGGAGUUGUUCGAACUAAGGUAAUAUAGUGGGAUUGUUAGUUGUUACCGCUGGUAUGAACUACAUAUAUGUAAAUAUUCAGCUCCUGUCAAAUGGAUUUUAAAUCAAAAUUCAGUCUGCGAUGAUGAAUUAAGAAAUUGAGAAUUUACAUUACUUUCCUUAAUGAAGUGAGAUUGGGUGAGCGGCUGAACUAUUUUUCUAGUCCCAAUAGCGUUAAAAACCUUAGUUACAAGUUAAUUACUUUUUUAUCGACUUGAAACGGACAAGUAAAUAAUUUCAUGGAAGCAACUUUUGUGAAUAUCCUUGAAGUCAGGAAUCUGAGAUCUGAGGGUGGCCCAGUGGUUACAUUUCAGAGUACCAAGAUUGGAGCAGAA